UUCUUAUAUUAUUCCAGCCUCAGAAAGAGAAUGUUGCUGAAGAGCYUGACUUGCAAGAUGUUAGCUCCAAUGGAGACUCAACAGAUCAAGACUUUGAUAUCACUGCGGACAUGAUGGUUCAUGAUAUGGAUGACGAGACAACACUAGAAGAAGAAGAACUCAAUGAAGACUCUGAAAAUGUUGCUGAUGAYCUUGCUGAAUUGGAGAAGGAAGGAGAUAUGCCAAUUGAGGAUCUCCUUGCCAUAUAUGGUUAUACAGAGGACCCUGCUGACCAAUCAGAACCAGUUCCAUUAGAGGAGAUAAAGCCAGAUGCACUUCCCCCCCUGGUCAGUGUCAGUGGUGAAGAGUAUGGAAGCCAAAGUAAUGUAGAACAGGAGGGGACCCAUCCUUUAGAUGAUGGUGAUGACUCUUCUGUAGCUUCUCCAUCAACUCAAGAUCAGUCUGACUARGCGCCCUCCCCUCCCCCAGCUAAUAGUAAAAAUGAUGUYUUUCCUGAAAACCAGAGGAUCACUAGAGGAAUUCUUGCAGCUUACAAUUAUUUCAAUCUUGGAGAAACGUCAUCCUCUGAUGACGAUGAUAACGAAUAUAAUCCUGAAGAAUGGAAAAAGGAGAUACGCAUGGGUCCAGACCAUCAGGCAGAAGUCCCAGAGUCAACUUGCACAGAUGGAGAAUAUCAAUAUAAUGGAUUUGAUAAGUGCCUAUGGAAUCCAAGAGAAAUAAAUGAGAAAGAAUUGCAAACAUAUUUAAACACCAUCAGUUUUCCCGUGGAUUCCGAUGGAAUCAAGAAAGAUGUCAUUCGUGAUGAUGAACAGGCUUUGUAUAUGCUUCUGCAGUGUGACUAUGACAUCCGGGAAGCUUUAAGAAAGAAGAAUUCCCAAGGAAAUCCAAAAGCAGAAAUGACCUUGUGGUCAGAAGAYGAGUGUAGAGAUUUUGAAAGUGGUCUUAGGAUGUUUGGUAAAGACUUUAGGCAAAUACAACAGAACAAGGUUACCUCAAGGACUGUUGGAGAAAUAGUUCAGUUUUACUACCUAUGGAAGAAGACAGAAAGACAUGAUGCAUUUGCAUGUCAAUCUCGCCUUGCAAAGAAAAAGUACUCCUUCCAUCCUGGAAUAACUGAUUACAUGGACAGAUUUCUGGAUGACAAUGAGAGCGCWGCAUCAAGCCGUGCAUCAAGUCCACAUAACUUCUCCUCUCGUCCACGCGUUGGCAAUGGCUACCUUUCAAAUCAGGCCUCAACAACAUCCAGCACUCACACCACGGUUCACAGUGUUCCGUCAGGAUCCAGUCACACAACAGUGUCCAUGAUGUCAGGCAUGUCGCACUCUUCCCAUAGCCAUAACCACCAUCACCAUCAUCAUCAUCAUCAUCACACACAGGGAUCCCAUGGGUCAACACAAACAUCACCAGGAAAACCUCCACAACUUUUGCAACAUUGCGUCCCAACAUCAGUUAUAGUAUCAAGUCAAGAACGCAACGAAUCCCCUGCAAAACGACCWCGCAUGGAUCAUGAAAAUAUACCCAGAUUAAUCAGUAGUACAAGUAGCAAGCCACCUCCUCUGAAGCCAAUAGCCUCAACAAACCCAGGUAGCURAGUACAUAAGCCCAGUUUUGGAGACAGGUCCCACAUGGUAGAGAGCACUCAAAAUAUACACAGAUCACAAGGUAGUACGWCAACAGAUUUAACCAGGAUAACUGGGUCGGAGUCAUCAUUUCAUCAUAAAGCAUAAAUUAACAUAAUAAUUGAAACUAUAUGGUGCCUUUUGUAUCUAUAAGAAGUCUCUGGCCUUAACUUAUUUUACAAGAAUUGGUCAAAAACAAUGUCUUUCACUUGAGAGUGCUCAUCAAAUAGAAUAAUUCACUUAUAUGAAGUACAUGUAUGUUACAAAGUUGUGAUAAUUCCACUAUUGCAUUCAAAAACACCCUUUCUGUUUAUUUUAAACUAUGAAUGGCUUUCAAGUAGAAGAGGUUAUCUUCAGUAUUUCAAUUGCCUGAUAUCAACACAUUAGACAGAAAAUGCAAUGAUUAUAUCUGUGUCUCCUUGAAUAUUUAUGUUUUUGUAGUCAUUUGUCAAAUGCAAACGUGUUCAUCCAAGAACCUUUCACAAUCGUUUCUUUUGUUUUCCAAGGACAGUUGAUAUCUGAUUUGUUAAGAAUCAAUUAUUUUGAUUUUUCACAUGCGAUAAAAUCAUGCAAUGGUUCUCGUCUUUAUUUCUACUCAAAAAUCUGARAGACAAUUUUGUCAUAAUAGAAAACGAUAGACAUAAUCAUGCCUAGAAUCAAGAUUUUUCAUUGUUUUAGUGAUUAUUAAGUUGUAAGUUAUUUACUAAUUUAUGAAAAAUAAUUAAAUUAUGUUACGUAAUGUUUUCCACAUAUAGCUUUGAAAUGCAUACCAUGUGUACAUAAAAACAUAGGAGGUUGGGCAGCCUGUGCCAAGGACUAUUAUUCAGGUGUAUGUAAGUCAUUUCUAUAAAGAAAAAAUGAUGUUGAGAGUAGUUUGUUGGUUUGCAUUUUUAAAUUAUUUUCAAGGUAUAUGUAUGCAAUUCACAGCUACCUGACAGAUGAAAUCUUCAUACGUAGACUUGGUGUGAAUUGAGGUUUUUCCUAUUUCAAAUUACUUUUUUCCUGUGAUUAGCAUCUAUUGAUUUGUCAUCGUGAUGCAAGACUUCUUGUAAUUUCACAUAGAAAUGAUAGAAUACUUGUAUGAGAAAGUAAAGCAUCCAAAUUACAACUACAGUAGUUCAACAUUGUAAUAAAAGUAACUGUUUAUUUUUAAGGCCCACAUGCACUGGAGAAACUUUGCAAUCAUUGCAUUAUGAUAUCUUGUUGAAACAUGCUUUCUGAUUGGUUACAAAUCAAAGAUAGCGAAUUUAAUAUGUGAGAAAAGCAUGCAAAGGUUGAUCUCUGAUGCACAUGGGGCCUUUAAGUAGUAACAUUCAUUGUUUCAAUCYGUCAAACACUGAGACAAUGCACAAGAAGCACUAGAUUUUGAUGUGGCUUCUUAGAUUUAUAUGUAAAUAGUUAUUAAUAUCAGGAUAAUUCAAGAACAUUGUUUUCCAGCUAGUAGAGGCUUCCACUGUAAACCCAAAUAAGAAUACUAGGAAACCUGUACAAAAUAAGACUGGUUUCUUCAUUGUCAGAACUCUUCCUAUUUAUCUAUUUAGGAUCAACAGUUUACCAGCCUUUACUAGUAGGGAAGGAGAGUAGUUAUUACCCCUACCAUUAGCCAUCAAUGUGCACACAAUUGGACAUGGCCUUUUUUAUGAAAAUAUGUUCCUAAGUGUAWAAGACGACAAUCAUUACUACAAUGCAGUUUGUUGUCAAAGCUGGCAAACAAAACUCAKACCCAGUUGUUUCUUGCUACKUUCUCAGGCAAGAUCUCUCAGCUGUGUUUYYGUGUAGAAAACUGCAUUAAUCUUUAGCRGUUCAUUACUGAAUUCUGUCAUCAAUUUGAUUGACAGCAUGUUUUGAUACACAAUCAAGAAAUAGAUAAAUGUAUGUAGCAUAUCACCCUCGCAUAAGAAAAUUUAUUUAAAAGCUUUUAUUUGAUGAAUAUAAAUUUCAAUUUUCUUUUGUGAUUAGCAAUCUAGGUUUAUGAGUAUAGCAUUCAAACACAAUAUGUGUAAAAUAUAAUGUUAUUUUACACUGCCAGUACUUCCACUAAAUAGCUACUUUUAGUGGCUGUACUAGCAAACUUUUUUUAAAGUGUUUGUGUUGAAAUAAAUUUGUUGAUUUAUUGUUAGAUAUCUGUAAAUAAAGCUUUCUAUAGUGGUA